CACAGCGCCGCGCAUCGACGGAAUAGAGCGAGACCGGACGUGAGAGAGAACGAGGCAGACUCGUUCGCGUUCCGCCGAGGUGGUGCAGUUUUCCAGUGUCGCGUAGAGUGUAGUGUUUUUCUUCCUUUCCCCCGUUUCCGAGCAUCGAGUGUUGUGUGCGUCACGGUGAGGCAAAGCAGACCUAUCCCCCAUGAUUAAGGAGUGCAUUUAGUGCAAGGACUGAACACACCUGGGAGCGAUUGAAAAGCACAUCCCACAAACCCCUCCAACUAAAAUCACUCGCCUAACCUUUCCCCUGCCCACCUUAUCCUGCCUCUUAUCCUUCCCCUCCCCCUUCAAAUCUCAAGAAGAUCUUUCUCUCUCUAUCUAUCUCUCUUUCUCUCUCUCUCUGAACCACAGGAAUCUGUGACUCCGUUAUGGACAGUAUGGAUUCGAAACCAGUUUUGAACGAUGACCCCUCGGUCACUCUGACCAUUCGUCUGAUUAUGCAAGGCAAGGAGGUCGGGAGCAUCAUUGGAAAGAAAGGAGAGAUCGUCAAAAGGUUCCGUGAAGAGUCUGGCGCGAAGAUCAACAUCUCCGACGGUUCGUGCCCGGAACGAAUAGUGACGGUGACCGGGCCGACGAACUCGAUCUUCAAAGCGUUCACCCUGAUCUGCAAAAAGUUUGAAGAAUGGUGUUCCCAGUUCCACGACAUCCAGGGGAGCGGUGGCGUGCCCAGGCCGCCCAUCACCCUCAGGCUGAUCGUGCCCGCGUCCCAGUGCGGCUCCCUGAUCGGCAAGGGAGGGUCCAAGAUCAAGGAGAUCCGCGAGGUGACCGGCGCCUCGAUCCAGGUCGCCUCCGAUAUGCUGCCUAAUUCGACGGAGCGUGCGGUCACCAUAUCGGGCACCAGCGAGGCCAUCACGCAGUGCAUAUAUCACAUCUGCUGUGUUAUGCUAGAGAUGGGCAAACUUGGUAGCAAUCCAUUGGCUGGGCUCGCGGCUCUUGGCCUCGGAGGCCUUGCCACUCCUGCCAACACUGGUGGACUAAAUCCUGCAGCAUUAGCAGCACUUGCUGGUAGUCAAUUACGUACCAGCAAUACGAAUAGACAACAACCAGCGGCGAACAAUCAGACGCACGAGAUGACCGUGCCAAACGAGCUGAUCGGUUGUAUCAUCGGCAAAGGUGGCACCAAGAUCGCUGAGAUUCGUCAAAUCUCCGGUGCCAUGAUCAGAAUCAGCAACUGCGAGGAAAGGGAGGGUGGCGCCACGGAUCGUACAAUCACCAUUACUGGAAAUCCGGACGCUGUGUCAUUGGCACAAUAUCUCAUCAGUAUGAGUGUUGAACUGCAGAAAGCUAACCUAGAGGCCCAAAAUACCCAAACCCCUGGCAGCGGUACCACUCCCGGGGCAUCCGGGGCCAGUGCUUCUCCCUCUACCACCACUACCACUGCCUCUCCCUUGGCCAGCGCCAUUCCCUUGGCUCAGCUGCUAAGCAAGCCAGGCGCCCUCAACGCCCUCUCUAGCCUCACCGCCCUCGGCGGACUCACGGAAUUGCUAGGUGGCGCUGCUGGCGCGGCUGCAUCCGCGCUACCUGUCCAGACAACCGGCGUGCACCGGUCGCACAAGUUCACGCCGAGGCUACGUAGCCCAGGCGCACCCGGGCCCACUGACAGCGGAAAAUUCAAAUCCGAGCGCACCAAGUACAACCCGUACUGAGCAAGUGAUGGACAACAGGUGGAGAGACGCGAGAUCAGGGAGAUCAUUACACGUACACGUAUUACUCAUCACUACUAUCGCCACAAUUAUUACCAAUACCACUAUAAUCACAACCACAACCACCAAGAUCAUGAUAUGUACACGGAACACGAGAUUUACAUCGGAGAAAAGUGCGUACGGACGCCAGGGUAGCGCGAGUCCGGAUAUUCAAGACUUGGCUAAGGAUCGGACCAACAUAUAUGCUAGUUUCUCACAGGAUUAUACAGCACCGCCAUGCUGAUAUAAUGC